UCCGAAUUUCCAUUAAAAAAAAUCCAAUUACCUCCGCAUUUUUGCAACUAAAAAAAACCUCUCGGCAACUUACAAAAAUUACACAGCUACAUGCGCGCCACACGAGGCAGUUGCGCUGGGCGGUAAACCCUUAGUCGGAAGAGAAAUACAGAGAGCGACAGAAGUACAGGCCCCCCUUAAAGUCAGCCCGAAGCUGACGAUCCCGUCGGGUUAAAUCGUUCGGCGCCUCCAUUAACUCACGUCCGGAGACGAAAAAAAAUCUUCCAUCCAAAAGUUCCCGCCCGCCGCCCCCUUCCCCCGCCCAAAAAACCGUUAAUCACGUUGAUAAAUGUUCAGCAAAAAACCACGUUUGUGAAAUAUAACCGCUGAAUUCUCAUUUUCCACCGUCAACUGUUGUAAAACUGUGGUACGCGUGGGUACAGUUCACUUAAAAAGUUUGUUUAUAACGAUAUUUAACCGAAUGUACGAGUGAUACAAUUUACCUGUCCAUGAAGUUGAUGUGUGUACGUGGGAUUAAAUGAAUCGAUGAUAAUUCAGACCAGUGAUAUCAGUGAAACGAUCCAAUAAUCGAGUGUCAACGAGAGGUUUUUCCUGUCAACUAUCGAAUGUUAAAUGUGAAAAACAUGACUAGGUGUAGGUGACGAGAGAAUUAGACGCCAUCUGUUUCUCGAUAUUAUACCGAGACAUUGUCCAUAGAUUAUUGAUUACCUCUUGGUUAUGUUUUACAGUCGAUUAUUUUUGUGUUAUCAUUUUGAAUUUGUCGUGUGUUUACGUGUUGGGUGUCAUUUUGCCCCAGUGCAAUGUCGAAUGUGAUCAAGAUUUGGGUCUAGUUGGGACAGUGUCAGGACCAGAGGGGAGAGAGUCAUCUGACAAAUGUUUAUCGAGGAUAGCAUUGUUUAAGAAAUUUGUUGGGGUGUUCAGGUGCAUUUAGGAUGAUGUCAUGGAGGAGAACUCGAAUGGUGAAUGAAAUACAAUCAUCUGGGUCCUUGGCCUCUCAGUCAAUUUGUCUGACGUCACGGAAUGCCAGUUUCAGUUGUCAUUGACUCGUGAAAUUUGUGGUAGUAAUAUCAACGAGUUGUGGAAGUGGUUUUUAAUGUUCGUGGGGUUGGACUGCGGGGUUCAGGUGGUUUUGGAGGGUUGACUUAAUUUUUUGGAGACCUGGGGGGAUAGGUGUUCAGGGGUGGCCUGGCGUCUGCUCAAAAUACAACUGGUGGGACUAGUUAUCACCGUUGAUAUAGUGUUGGUGACUAGUGUAACGUGAGAGUGGUUGUGAUAUCUAGAAACAACAGCUAGAUGUUACCACCGUUGAUGCUGGGCCUUGAUGCCCUAGAGUUGGAUAUACCUGGGUGAUUUAUCCUCGUGGUUGUUUUGGGUCUAGUGUUGGUGGGGAUUUAACAAACAUGGCGUUGUCCAGUAAUGAUUGUGAUUUGGUACUUGCCAGUUUGACUGCCUCCAGAAACGGUGAUACGCCCGUUUAUGACACAUGGCCCCAAGAGAAAGUACCAGUAAAACAAGAGCGUCCAGAUGAGGCGGAAAUCCGUGAAUUGGCUGCCAAAAUGGUGGAAGCAAACAAAGCGAAAAUGUUGACGAAUGUCCCAGGUGUAUCCCAAAGGCCAUCAGGUACCCAGGGUUUACCCGGUAUUCUUGGCUAUUUGAGUAAAAAGCCAAAUGACAUUGGGCCCCAACAAGCAUCAAAGUCACCACCAGUUGACGGUAAAACACCACUAGAUGAUGACAGUCAGCGUGGUAGAUUUGGUUGGAUAACAUUUGACAAAUGUCAUAUACCAUAUAUAUACCGUGGUGGUGAAAAAUACUGUGCUGUUAGGAUACUUGAGGCUAAAUUACUGAACAAGUACCUGAACUACUUACACUCUGAUAUAUACAGUUGUACAUGUAUCAAGAGUUACUUCAUAACCGAAGCUGAGAGUAAAUUAUUCAAUGAGAUUAACAAUAAACACUGUGAAAAUCAAUUUGGUAAAGAACAAUUUACAUGCAAAGAUCUUGUGGUUAGAUUGUCCGAUGCCAAAGAAUUUUACACAUUUUUGGAUGUAUGUUACACUAAAUUAACGAGUCAAAAUGUUAAUACUGGACAAAAAGGUGAUAAGUGUGGUUUCAUUCGUAUUAAUAAAGAAUCAGUGGUACCAUACACUGUUAAAGACAAUUUAAAGUAUGUACCACUAUUUUAUUUUGAGGGUGAAACGGACAAUUUAAAACUCAAAGCUGAAAAACUCGAGGGUUGGGAUUUAUCAUAUUUGAAAUUUUGUUGUAAAGUACAGGGUAUACGUAAUGAAUUAUUUGCCAGUGAAACGUGUUCAGUGAUAAGUUUGAGUGACAUUAAGAGUUAUUUUCCACCUGGUACAGGAUUUGAGGAUUAUUGGCCCAGUAAAGUUAUGGAUUCACAAUUAUUUGUUAGCGGUAAAGGUGGUGCUAGCGCUGGUGGAUGGACAAAACAACCACCAGCACCACCAGCUGUAACAAAACCAGUGGCUGUUGUUAACAAUGCCAAUAACAAAACAGUUAUUAAUCCUAGAACAAUGCAGUCUGUACCAAGGAGUACAACUGUUAAUACAACGAUACAUCAUAUUAAUCAGACGAGGCCUGUUACAACACAUCCAGGACAUGGCUCACCAAAUACAGCUAAUCGUACACCAUCAAACGCUCAAAUUCUCAAUCCUGUACCAACAGCUGUGAAUGGUUGGUCGGGACUUGUUGGGGGACAGCCGACAUUUCAAGCGACUAUUGUUCCUCAGUCAAAUUCUAUCAUAAGAAUGCAAAAUACGUCCCUGAAUAUGCAUAGCCCAAUGGCGACGUCCAAGGGCUAUUCCCAACAGCCAAGAAGUAGAGCCAACAGUAACACCCAGCCUGGACAAUAUCCAGUCUAUCCCGUAUCCACAAUGCAAAAUGUUGCUCAGGCACCCCCACCUCUGAUAAGGGCAACAGCCCACUCGAAUCAGCCUAAUCUAGGUUAUCCAACCUAUGGGAAGGAUGACUGGAUGGGGGCAACUUACACCACACCAAGUCUGUCAGUGCAAAAUGCUGUAACAGCGAGUUCAUAUCCUCAGAUGUUGAAUUUGAGUACUGAACAGGUCCAGGCACUGCUACAUCCUCAAACAUCUCCAGCUAUAAUGUCACAUUCACAACGACAUACACCACCAGCUCACAAUACGUCUCAUCCCAAGUAUCCACCACCAUUGAUACCAGUCAAUGGAAGUUCAAACAGUUCGAGGGAUUCUCGGGGGAGGAAAGCACUAAUUCCCAUCGCCGAAACGAUAGCAAGUUGUCACGUUCAGCCAUAUGGAAUUCAAAAAGCUCUUGUUGGUGAAAAAUUGGUACCGUGUAUCAAUUUUAAACCUUACAUUUACUCUGAAUUACUUAUGACAUUGCCCGACUUUGUAUCACAAUUUUUUCCUACUUGUGAUAUGAAUAACUGUAGAGAAGUCCUCACUGACGUACUUGGGGUUGAUUUAUACCAAGGAAAUAGACUACAAAUGAAAAAAUUGAUGGAAGCUGGCAAAUGCACCUCGAUGAACGAGGAAUUACCCCUGAUUCAAGUACGAAACAUAAUAAAAUACAUGCCCCAGAUGAAGUACAUGUUCAGAAGUAUGGGUAUGCCAACACCAGCUCAUUCAUCCGAGGAACAUCCCCCUAAAAAAAGACAGCGUACCAGCUAGGAUUGGCUCCAGCCUUACUGGCCCACAUACGACUACUAUCACUCGGCAUUCUAAUAAGUGUCGUUUGCCAAUGUGUCGAGAAUGUGCUGUUGUGGCACGUUAAAAUUUUCGUUCACUAGUUUAAUUAUUAAUUUUUUUUUUUCAUAAGGACGAAGAAUAAACACUAAGAACAUCGUUCACACAUUGUGAGGCUACCUCAAUGAAAUGUGCAUUUUGUAUUUUUCAUUUCAAAUUUAAGGGAUUAAUCAUAGAUGGAAAAAUUUAAUUGCUUCAUUGAUAUAUAUUUUUUUCUUUCAUAAUAUAUUUUGUACAUUGUCAUUGUCAUUUUCUCAUUGCUCCUUCAUUGAUUUAAUAUUCGGAGAGAAAUGAAGGGCUCCAUUGGCGAUGAUUUUUCGGUAAUUGUUACUUGGUAACAGUUGAGGUGAACAUUUCUGCAGAUUAAUUCUAAUUUGCGGGGGGGGGGGAUGAAGAGGAUAUUAGGGAUGAACCAGUGAAAAGGUGGAAAUUACCUUGGAAGGACUAUAUGAGGGAGUGCUAAUAACGUGCCACAAUAGCACGUAUGAAAUAUUCCGUAGAAAAAUGUGACGAGGGGUAGAACAAUUCUAAAGAUCCUUUUUUCGUAAAUAUUUUCUGUUGGAUCCUUAACAUAAAUCAGUGAAGCAGCGAAACUCUCCACAAUCGUCCGGGUGCUAAGAGAAUUUCCACAGGAAUUCCCAGAAAUUUAGUAGAAUUUUCUACCCCUCGUUUGUCAGCCUUUCCUGCGUCAUUAUUUCGCGUGUGAAGUAGCAUAUGUGUAAAUAAAUGUGUCUGGAUACUGCAUUGAAAAAUAAUAACGAGUGAACAAAGGGAUUAAUUUUUUACUUCGUACGAGUGAGUGAAUAACGAAAGGCUCUAAUUUCAAAAUAACCAAUAUCCAAGGAUUAAAUAACACUUCGGGCAGCUCAAAAAAAAUGGUCUUCCGUUACGACCUUUCUUUACUGCAUAAAAAUGUUCGACUGGGACUGGAUAAAUGACGAUAGAACCUCGAAACUUAAUUUCCCAUUAACGAUAAACAAAUGACUAAAAUAAGUCAAGAUGUUUAUAUAAUCUAACAAGUGUACCUAAGGGUUUAAAAAACAUUAAAUCACUCAAUCGUGAAUUUCAUCCCUAAAAGUUGUGAGAGAAGAAUAAAUUGGCUCGUUGCAUGAUUUUUUUUUUUGAAAAAAAAAAUGAGGAGAUACCAUAAUUAAUAAAUAUUGGAUACGUAUUUUUCUUAAUAGGAAAACACAUCCAGUAUUUUCCUUUUGAUUUCGACAAAAAUUCUCGUACAAAAUCCCAAUUAACGGAGGGAGCCGAAAGGGCUGACGAACCGCUGGAAAUAUCCUGUUACAGUGAAAGAAGUACAUACUAAAAAUGGUAUAUUUUAUUAUUCAUACGAAUAUUGUAUUUAGAAAUGCUGAAGACGCGAAAACGGAACGGAAACAUUAUAAUCGUAUUUGCCACAGAAAAAAGACUACAAUGGACUGGCGUCGGAAUUUAUUAAUGUAUCAUAUCUUGAAGUUUCAUUUUUUAUACUUCGAGUUAUGGACACGAUGAGGAAAAUUGCAGAAUAAAAAAAACAAA